AGUAAGAAUCUAAAGCUAGAAGACCAAGAAGGGCUUUCAGAGGAGUCAGUGGAGUUUUCCCUGGAAGACCAAGAUACCAAGGGCUUAAGUCUAAAGACUAUGGUCUCUCUCUGUGGCAUUAAUGCCAUUCAGAUGGAGGAGGAAGAACCUGACCAAGGGCACCUUAUUGGUGAUUUCUCCAAGGUGUGUGUGCUGCCAAAGGUGUCAGGGAAACACCAAGAUUUGAAGUACAUCACCCCAGACACAGUGGCUGCUUUACCGUCUGUAAAGUUCCAGGGUCUGAUUGAGAAGUUUUACAACAUCGAUUGCCACUAUCCAUAUGAGUACCUGGGAGGACACAUCCUGGGAGCCUUAAACCUGUACAGCCAGAAGGAACUGCAUGAGUUCUUUCUGAAGAAGCCUACUGUCCCUCUGGACAUUCAGAAAAGAAUCAUCAUUGUGUUCCUCUGUGAAUUCUCCUCAGAGCGAGGCCCCCGAAUGUGCCGUUCUCUGAGAGAAAAAGACAGAGCUCUGAACCAGUAUCCAGCAUUGUACUACCCAGAGCUGUAUAUCCUCAAAGGGGGCUACAGA